ACCCCUUGGGUAACAUCAGCUUAGCGUCAUAAGCUGAAUAUCCUUAGGUCUUUGGUCGUAUGUUUCGACAAGAUUUACGAAGGAAGUCACAUGAUGGACUGAAAUUUAAAUACCGAUUUUCCGAAUUUUUAUUUAGAUUCCUUGCUAGACAUCAAGGAAGGAAGUAGAAACCGAUUUUCCGAAUUUUUAAUUAGAUUCCUGGCGAGGCAUCAAGGAAGUAGAAUAAUACUUCUGAUAUAUGGUAUAAGUACCAUUAGGUAAUUCCACCAUGGAAAGAAACCAAUUUCUUUAUUCAAAUGUUGCGCCGUACAUCUGGCCAAUAGCGCCAGCGGGUAUGUCGAUGGACGCCUCAUUCGGUUUACCGGCAUCUUCAUUGUCUGGUUUUCAAACGCAUUUAGCACAAAACAGUUUAGUUCCUGACAACUUCUUACCCGUCACAUACGGAGCCCCUCUUUCUAGCUGGCCAUUCACGUGUUUGGGAGGUUGUGCCGCUCUCAACGGCUUUAACCUGCCGGCUCAGCUGUCACUUAUGUCAACCGGAACUGCUUCUUUGAACGCACUUUCCAGUGCCCAGGAAACGCUCAAGCGUCCGGGAGCAUGUGAGCAGAAGCCGCCGUAUUCAUACAUCGCCCUCAUCGCCAUGGCCAUACGGAGCUCGAGGGAAGGCAAGACUACCCUCGCCGGCAUCUAUAGCUUCAUCAUGGAUAACUUUCCGUAUUAUAGACACAAUCGGCAAGGCUGGCAGAAUAGCAUACGCCACAAUCUCAGCCUCAAUGACUGUUUCAUUAAGGUCCCCAGAGAGAAAGGCAGUCCUGGGAAAGGUAGUUACUGGGCGAUGGACCCGACAUGCAUCGACAUGUUCGAACACGGCAACUAUCGACGACGGAAGAGGAGACACAGGCCACCACCGCCCGCUUUCAUGAUGGACAACAUGGCGACCAGCAACAAAUUUGAGUUUACGGAAAAUUUGCCUGGGGUUACCAGCCGAAUACAUCAGACAAGACAAAAUGAAUUUGUGCAGGAAAGUAAAUCAAUACUUCCGAACACGAUUGCCGGAGAAGCCACUAAUGGCGACCAAAGCAGUCCGAGUAACUACAAAAAAAUGCCAAUAAAAUUUGAGAGUACAUUUUCGACCGGACAUCCUUCAGCAACCGAGCAAGAAGACCUGCAAUCAGCUUUAAAUCUGAAUAUGGAAACCAAAUUCAACUCAAUCGCCAUCGGGAAAGAAGGUUCAACAGAAGAAAUAUUAAUUCGCGAUGAAGAAUUGUUGACAUUCAAGUCACAAUUCAAUCAAAUGAAAAAAGAAACUCAGCCCGCGGAUCCAAACAUUCAAGUGAUAAGCCGGAAAGAUUGUCCAGGUACACUUGAGUGCAACGAAAUGCAGCUCAUUGAAUGGCUAGAUCAUGUUGCUCACAGCAGUCAGAAUGCCUUACACCAAUAUCACUCUAACGUUCUUUCUUACGUUUCAAGACCCAAUUUGUUAGGUGAAGCCUUCAGUUUUACUCGUUCUUUUUUAGCACCAAAGAACAUUGUUCCGCAAUGCAACAUAUCGGGCUCACAAAACGAAAUUUUUGAUCAACAAGAUGUGACCGCUCCCGAAAAGUUAAUCCCAAUGACAGCUUCGACAUCGUUCAAUCUUAUUUCUGAAGAUAAUUCAAUCAGAAACCACGAUUUUAAGUCAGAAUCUUCUUUACCUUCAAUUACUCCAAAGACGAAGUUCCUUAUUGACGAUAUCAUGAUGAAAUAAUGAAGAACACAAAUUUUGAUUUCAAGUCUUAUUUAAUAACAAAUUUAUCUACAACAAAUAGACAUAUAACAAGAGAAAUCACAGAUUAACGUACUAUAAUUUUAUGUACAGUGCAUGUAUAAUACAGUUAAAUAUUGUCAACAAUUAUCGGAUAGAAUAGACAGGAAUUGAGCGUGACUAUCGCCGCCGUUGAUCCCACAGCAGCCAUAUAGUGGAUGACAAUAAAAAAAUCUAUUCGUUGGGACUUUUU